AUGGAGCCGUUGCUAUGGAUACUCACAGAUGACAAGGAGAGCUCUAUCUCUCACUGCUGCCCCCGGCCUGUCUGCGGCCUGCCCCCGGCCUGUCUGCGGCCUGCCCCCGGCCUGUCUGCGGCCUGCCCCCGGCCUGUCUGCGGCCUGCCCCCGGCCUGUCUGCGGCCUGCCCCCGGCCUGUCUGCGGCCUGUCCCCGGCCUGUCUGCGGCCUGCCCCCGGCCUGUCUGCGGCCUGUCUGCGGCCUGCCCCCGGCCUGUCUGCGGCCUGCCCCCGGCCUGUCUGCGGCCUGCCCCCGGCCUGUCUGCGGCCUGUCCCCGGCCUGUCUGCGGCCUGCCCCCGGCCUGUCUGCGGCCUGCCCCCGGCCUGUCCGGCCUGCCCCCGGCCUGUCUGCGGCCUGUCCGCGGCCUGUCCGCGGCCUGUCCGCGGCCUGUCUGCGGCCUGUCUGCGGCCUGCCUGCGGCCUGUCUGCGGCCUGUCUGCGGCCUGCCCCCGGCCUGUCUGCGGCCUGCCCGCGGCCUGUCUGCGGCCUGCCCCCGGCCUGUCUGCGGCCUGUCUGCGGCCUGGCUGUCUUGA